AUGGACCCUGAACUCUAUGGCCUUAGAAGAUCAAGCCGCACAGCGACCAAAAAACAUAAUGUAAAUUAUAAGAUGUCGUCUUCUUCAUCUGAUGAAGAAGAUUAUGAUAAUAUUACUCGUAAAAGGAAAAAAGCAACAUCCUCUGUUAAAAAAUCCAAAACUAAAAAAUCAAGAGUAAAUGAAUUGCAAGAUGGUUGGGGCGGUUCUAAUUCAAAUGACAGUUCAUCGUCACAUACCAGCAAAGAUGCUUCUUCACAGUUUGAAUCUUCAGAUGAUCAAGAAUGGCAUUCUUCUUCAAGAGCCACAUCAUCUAAAAGAAGUAAAACUUUUAUCAAUGCAAAUGAUUAUAUUAUUGAAAAUAGAUAUUCCCGAAGAAAUAGAACUGUAAAAAAUUACAACGAGGAUGAGUUAGAUAAACAACUUGAACUUGAAGCCGACUAUGAAGAUGAUGAUCCUCAAUCUUAUGAAAAUCUACAACCAGAAGAAGAAGAGAAUGUUAUUGAGAGCAUACAUGACAUCAGAAGAAUAGAAGGAGGGAAUAAUUCUGAUGAUCCAGAUGAUCCUAAAACAAACAUGGAAUUUUUAAUAAAAUGGAAAGGAUGGAGCCAUAUGCAUAAUACUUGGGAAACUUUCGAAAACUGUCGUGGUUUGAGGGGCUUUAAAAAAUUGGAAAAUUAUAUCAAAAAUUAUUUGUCUGAACAAUAUUCAUUGCAUGAGAGUCCCGAAGACAAAGAAACCCUUAAUGUAAGGAUGGAAAUGUCUAGAGACAUGUUAAAGGAUUACAAGACGGUCGAAAGAAUCAUAUCAAAAAAAGCAACAUCACCUACCGAAGAUAACCCUCAUUCUGGUAUUGAAUACUUGUGCAAAUUCAAACGUUUGUCUUAUCAAGAUUGUACCUGGGAAUCAACCGACCUUAUUCAAAGUGAAUUUAAAUCUGAAAUUGAUGCCUUCAAUCAUCGAAACAAUAACCAAAAUAUCCCACAUAAAAGCAAACAGUAUGGUCCUUAUUUGAUAGUAGUUCCUUUAUCAACAAUUGGCUCCUGGCAAAAUGAAUUUCAAACUUGGGCACCAAAUCUUAAUGUUAUUUAUUAUACUGGUCCUUCUCAAAGUCGUGAAGUAAUAAGAGAACAUGAAUUUUAUGUUUCGUCAUCAUCAAGAAGAUUAAAAUUCAAUGCCUUGGUAACGACCUAUGAAUUCAUUCUUAAAGAUCGUCAAGAAUUAGGAAAUAUUAAGUGGCAAUAUUUGGCAGUUGAUGAAGCACAUCGAUUGAAAAACAGCGAAUCACAACUCCAUGAGGUUUUAUCUACUUUUAAUACUGCCAAUCGACUUUUAAUAACAGGCACACCAUUGCAAAAUUCUGUUAAAGAACUAUGUGCACUGGUUAAUUUUCUCAUGCCUAAUUUUUUGAUCACCUCCGAUAUUGACAUUGAUGCACCCGACGAGGAACAAGAAGCAAAAAUUCGUGAACUUCAUAAAAGUCUUGAGCCCCAUAUGCUUAGGCGUCUAAAGAAAGAUGUAGAAAAAUCCCUUCCACAAAAGACCGAGAGAAUACUUAGAGUUGGGCUUUCACCAUUACAAAUGCAUUAUUAUAAAAAUAUUCUUACCAAAAAUUUUGAUGUACUUAAUGAAGGUGUUACUGGUUCCUCACAAAUGAGUUUAUUGAACAUUGCCGUUGAAUUGAAAAAAGCCAGCAAUCAUCCAUUCUUAUUUCCUAAUGCUGAACCUCCAACCAUCACUAGAGAAGAUCAACUAAGAGGUUUAAUCAUGAAUAGUGGGAAAAUGGUAUUAUUAGACAAGUUGCUCACCAGAUUAAAGGAAUCCAGCCAUCGUGUUCUUAUAUUUUCUCAAAUGGUUCGUAUGUUAGACAUUUUGACUGAUUAUUUGAGGUUACGAGGAUAUCAACAUCAGCGUUUAGAUGGCAGUGUUCCUUCGGAAGCUCGUAAAAAAGCAAUUGAAAAUUUUAAUGCACCGAAUUCAGUGGAUUUUGUUUUUCUUUUAUCAACCAGAGCUGGAGGAUUAGGUAUUAACCUCAAUACAGCCGACACAAUGGUUUUGGAGUAUUGUAUUAUAAAACAAAUGGAUACGUCUGGUAAAAGCAUUUUGCAGAAAAAUGCCAAAACCACCAAGACAUCUGACAAUUUUAGUCGUGAAGAAUUAUCUGCAAUUUUAAAAUUUGGUGCACAAAAUAUGUUCAAAGAGGGAGACAAUUCUAAAAAGCUUGAUGAUAUAGAUCUUGAUGAUAUACUUGCACGCGCUGAAACUCACGACACUAUUGGUGACCAAGGUAGUAGCAGUUUUGGUGGCGAAGAGUUCCUUAAGCAGUUUCAAGUUGCGGAUUUUGGUGGUGAUAAUUUGAGCUGGGAUGAGAUAAUUCCAAAAGAAGAGAGAGACAAACUUUCCUUAACUCAAGAGUCGAAUCUGAAUCUGAUUAUAAAAAUUCAAAGAAAAGAUCAAGUUCUAGCCACAAAAAGAAAGGAAACUAACAAUAAAAAAGGUGUGAAUGGUGCAAAAAAAAGACAUUUAUCCGAUGCCGAUGAAUCUGACAGUGACCAACCUUCUAUUAGGCGUGGCACAUCCAGCUCAAGAAAGGAAUUAAGUCAAAAAGAAAUCAGAGCACUUAUUAGAGCAAUAAUGAAAUUUGGUGAUAUACAUCAACGUUAUGAUGACAUAGUCACAGAUGCUGAAUUGACAGGGAAGGAUAGUGAGAUUUUGAUAAAGACGUAUGACGAACUUUAUGCUAAUUGUGAAUCUGCAAUAAAUUCUCACGAAGAAUUAAACGACUCACAUUCAAGUUCUCGUGGCAAAGCGAUUAUGACUACUUAUCGAGGAAUAGAGAAAAUUAACGCUGGUUCAUUUAUACAAAGAAUUAUAGACCUUCGAGCAGUUAACACUCUUAAAGAAUGGGGUCAAGAGGAAGAUUCCUUACUUAUCUCAGGAAUAUAUAAACAUGGAUUUGGAAACUGGCGUGCUGUUCGUGAAGAUUCAGAUUUAGGCCUUAGAGAAAAGCUAUCCGUUGAUGAGGAUGAUGCUUCUCUACGAACCUCCAAUAUAGCAAAGGUAGUUCGCAGAGCGGAAUAUUUACUGAAGGUGAUUAGAGAAUGGACUCGUAAAUUUAAGACUCAAAAUGACAUUAAAGGUAAAAAGGUAGUAACCAAGUCUUCGACUGAGGAUGAACCCAAUGAAGAGUCAAUAAACCGUAUAUGCAAAGAACUGUUGCGUCCAGUUAAAGAUAGUCUCCAAUGGCUAAAAAAAGAAUCAAUAAAAUAUGAGGGAAAAGAAAAGGCCAGAUUGAUUAAAGAGCACAUGAAAAAAAUCGGAUCUAGAAUUGAAGGAAUCCUUUUUGAAAGGUCUGUCGGGGAACGAGAAGAGUGCAAACAUAAUCUAUGGAGAUUUGUUACUUAUUUUUGGCCACGUGAAGUUGAUGCAGAUAAAUUGAUUGUUUUAUAUCACAAACUUAUUGCUGCUGAAUCAGAAAAGAAUUAG